CACGCGGACGCCUCUUUCCCGAUUCCCCUCGUCCCGAUUCCCUCCAGCCUGAUUCCCCUUGUCGCCAUCGCCUCCGGCGAUUUUCCCACGACCAGCCGCCACGGACGGCACGCGGAGGCCGAAUCUCGCCGUACCCUGUCGCCGACCGUCGCCUCCACGCUCUCUAGCCGCCGUCCCGGCGCCCAGGCGCCUCCCUUCCCCUCCCCGCGCCCUAGCCGCCAUGGACGGCGCGCUAGGAAGCUGCGCCUCUUCUGCUGUCCACGCCGGCGCCGCCGUCGCAGGGAAGAAGACCAAAUCAAUCCCCAAACUCGAGAGCUUGAAGCGCAAGGAGCGGCGCCACCGGGCCGCGGAGUUGAAGAGGUCGCAGGAGGAUGCCGCCGCCCGAGCCCUUGCCGGCGUUGCCGCCACCGUGGAAGAAGAUGCCCUCGCUGCUGAGGCGGCGCGGAACCAGCAGUUGGCCGCCCAACAGGAUCUCCUCCUGCACAACCGGCAGGCCGUGGCCGACGCAUUUGUCCAACAAGCGGCCAGCGUAACUAUCGGCUUGCAAGAAUCAUUGAAAGAGAUGAUUUCCGUCAAAGAGGCCUCGAGUGGAAAGAGAGGGGAAAUUCGAGAACUCAAGAAAGAUGACCUCUUGAAGAGCUUCAUGGACACAAUUCAAGAGAAGUACCGUGGAGAUGCAGCCGUGGCCGCCGAGAAGCUCCGCAUCGAAGCCGACAUGGCCGCCGCCGCCCUGUUGGAUGCAACUUCAAGAGCCAAAGAAGUGGAGCUCAAGGUGUUGGUGGAGGAGAGCCGCAUCAUGACCAUGGAUUUGAGCACCUUGGAUGAUGUGUCCAGAGCUUGGUUCAUCAAGAAGAAGAAAAAGAUCGCCGAUCGACAAGAUUGAAGCUAUCUUAUUAUGUAGGACAUUUCAAUUUGAAGCUAUCUUAUUUAUGAUGGGACAUGGUAAAUUUGAAGCUAUCCUAUUAUGCAUUUUCUUCCCAUAAUCUCAUGUGAGACAUGUUGAUUUUGAAGCUAUCUAUCUGAGACAUGGCCAUUUUGAAGUCCACAUGUAAGACAUGCUCUUGCUAUCUAUGUUGCUAGUUUUGAAGCUAUAUAUGCUGUGAUUUUUUGCAUGCAA